CUCCCCAGGGUCACGUUCGUCAGAUGAAUAGCUGAAAGAGAAACGCAAGAAGUGUCUCACCUGUCUGCUGCUUGUUACAGGUCCCCUCCUGGCCAGCCUCCGUCCACACACUCCAUCCUUUAACACACACUAACACUGCUGCCACCAUUGUCAGAAACACCCUACCGGCGCCAUUCCAGCACAAAGUUACCACUCCAUCCUCACACACAAACCAGUGUGCUCUCCACAAACACACACUCGCCCUUUGACCUCAUCAGGAGCAAUAUGCUGAGCCAGGAGUUCCUGCAGAGGCUGAGGUUGCCAGACCUGGAGGAUGUCAGCCAGUACAUCAGCAGUGUCUCCGCCCCCAUGUUAGUCAGCAUGGGGGCAGUGGCAGCUGCAACAACCUACUACCUGGCCACACGACCCAAGCCCCUCCCACCAAUCUGUGACCUCAGCAUGCAGUCAGUCGAGAUUCCAGAUGGAGAGUUUGCACGCCGGUCGGUUCUGAUGAACGGAGACUCUCUCUUGACACAUUACUACGAUGAUGCCAGAACCAUGUAUGAGUUUUUCCUCAGAGGGGCCCGAGUAUCAAAUAACGGCCCCUGUUUGGGCUCCAGGAAACCAAAGAAGGCCUAUGAGUGGAUGUCCUACAGCCAGGUAAGGGAGCGAACAGAGAAUCUGGGUUCAGCAUUUCUUCACAAAGGACACUCCAAGACCACCGACUCCAAUGUUGGCAUCUUCUCUCAGAACAGACCUGAGUGGACCAUCAGCGAGCUGGCUUGUUACACCUAUUCUCUGGUGUCGGUCCCUCUGUAUGACACACUGGGGAUAGAAGCCAUCACCUACAUUAUAGACAAAGCUUCCAUCUCCACUGUUGUGUGUGACGUGGUGGAUAAAGUGAACCUGGUACUGGACUGUGUGAAGGACAGGGAACACUCUGUGAAAACCAUUGUGCUGAUGGAGACGCCCAGUGCGGACCUGGUCAGCAGGGGGCAACAGUCUGGGAUCCACAUCCUCAGCAUGCAGGAGAUGGAGGCUAUCGGGAAGGAAAACCAUCGCCAACCAGUGCCUCCAAGACCAGAGGACAUGGCUGUCAUCUGCUUUACCAGCGGAACAACAGGAAACCCAAAGGGGGCGAUGUUGACUCAUGGGAAUAUAGUGUCCAACUGCUCAGCCUUCAUGAAAGUGACAGAGGUUCGCUGUCCAUUGGGUCCCAGUGAUGUCCAUAUUUCCUUCCUGCCCUUGGCUCAUAUGUUUGAGAGAGUAGUACAGGGAGUCAUGAUAGUGCAAGGAGCCAGUAUUGGCUUUUUCCAGGGCGAUAUCCGUUUGCUGUCAGAUGACCUGAACACACUGAAACCUACCGUGUUCCCUGUGGUUCCCCGACUCCUCAACAGGAUGUAUGAUAAGAUCUUUGGGCAGGCCAACACCACCCUGAAGCGUUGGCUGCUGGGAUUUGCUUACAGAAGGAAGGAGGCAGAGAUAAUGAGAGGUAUCGUGAGGAGAGACAGUAUCUGGGAUCAACUCAUAUUCAGCAAAGUUCAGGCCAGUCUUGGAGGCCGCGUGCGUCUCAUGUUAACAGGAGCUGCUCCCAUCUCUCCUGCUGUCCUCACCUUCCUCAGGGCUGCCGUUGGCUGUCAGUUCUAUGAAGGCUAUGGACAAACAGAGUGUACUGCUGGAUGCACCAUCACCCUGCCCGGAGACAGUACUGCAGGUCACGUUGGCUCUCCUCUGCCCUGUAACUCCAUAAAACUAGUGGAUGUGGCUGAGAUGAACUACCUGGCGUCGAACGGGGAAGGAGAGGUGUGUGUGAAGGGUCCUAACGUGUUCAAGGGCUAUCUUAAGGACCCCGAGAAGACGGAGGAGACCAUCGAUGAAGAUGGUUGGCUUCACACUGGAGAUAUUGGAAAAUGGCUUCCUAACGGCACACUGAAGAUCGUGGACAGGAAGAAGCACAUCUUCAAGCUUGCACAGGGGGAGUACAUCGCUCCUGAAAAGAUCGAGAACAUCUACACGAGGAGUGAUGCAGUGGCACAGGUCUUUGUGCAUGGCGACAGUCUACAGGCUUGCCUGGUAGCGGUGGUGGUUCCUGACCCUGACUUCCUCUCUGGCUGGACCAAGAGGACCCUAAAACUGGAGGGCAGCUACCAGGAACUUUGUGACAGAGCGGAAGUCAAGACGGCCAUCUUGGAGGACUUGGUGCGACUCGGAAAGGAAGGAGGCCUCAAGUCCUUUGAGCAGGUGAAGACCAUCUGCAUCCACAGCGAGCUGUUCUCAAUCGAGAACGGCCUGCUCACUCCAACACUGAAGGCAAAGAGGAACGAACUGCGACAAUACUUCAGAUCCCAGAUCGAUGAGCUGUACGCAGGGAUCAAAAUGUAGAACGAGAGGAGAGCGACCAGAGAAGAAAGGAGAGCAUGCACAUGAGAUCUACCUGAGAUUGAGGGAAAGGGAAGAUAAAGCACAAGAAGGGAAAAAGUGAAGAGCUCCUUAAGGACCCAAAGGAUUAUCAGGAACAGUAACACGAGAAUGGACAGGAAUGGGGGAUGAUGUAGCUUUUAAUGAAGUUCUGAAGUUGAUUUUUGAGCAUUUAGAACAAAACCAAUGGACCAUCAGAUCUGUGGCAUCUGAGUCCAGGCUAGAUUUUAUGCCUUAAAGAAGUGCGUCUAUUGAUGAAUAAGUUUUCUCUUUUCUGCGUACAGUACAAAUUCUGUUAUAAAGAGUUAAUUCUAAUCAUUUGGAAAUAAUAUCUCCAAGAAGGGCUUUCAAAAGGGAAUGUCAAAGUGCAGUUUGUAGCAUCAUAUUUCUCAGGACUAAUGUGUCAGGUAUCUCUUAAAGUCCAUCUACACACACACACACACACACACACACACACCUUUUAACCUAACAGGCGAUGAGAGAAGAGUGGACCACCAAUAGGGCUUCACUGAGGGAUCAAUUUGGAUUAGCAGCCAUAUUGAUGAACUGAUCCAAACUCUAACAUUUCAGUGUCUGAUGAGAUUUUAUUGCUAUUACUAUUUCAUGAUUUUAUUUCACUGUGUUUUAUGAAUUUGUUCUUAGGAAGUAGAAAAAUCAACAAUUGUAAUCAGGAGUGUUGCUGAAUCCUUAAAUCAUUCAAUGAAUAAGCUUUGAUUUAUUCAGGACUCUGGGAACAAGCAAAAUGAGCCAUAGUGGGGACGGUCUAAAUGAAGCUAUCUAUACACGGGUCAUUCAGGUACCAAGGAACAUUCAGGAAAUAUGGAUACUGUCAGUGUUUUAAUUUAUUUAUGAUGUUAACAUGAAGGGAAGACAUUUUUUUUGUGAAGGAAUCAAAAAUUUAAAGUUAUUAGAUAAUAGAAGA